UUGCGAUUGUCUCAGUCGCUUGCCGAAUCUCAAAACAGUUGGUUGUGCUUGUCCAGCCACAAGCCGUGUAACGACAAACCGAAGACAGCAGCAGUAGUAGCAGCAGCAGCAGCAGCAGCAGCAGCGUGAAGUGAUAAUAAACUCGAACAAGAGCACCAAAAACAGCAACAACAACAAACAUGCGUUGUCUGGCAUUGAGCGCGUUGUUUGUUUGCGUUGUCAUCGCCGGUCAGUGCGAAAUCGCAGCUGGCUAUAAAAGCGAGAUUGAGAUAACGCCUGCGCCCGAUGUGGAGACCACUACCAAAAAGUCUGGCUGGUUUGGCGGCUUUAAGAAGUUCUUUGGCAGCAGCAGCAGCGAAACGACGACCACGACGAGCACUACAACUACAACAACUACACGUCGACCUGUAGCAGCUACACCCACCGCUGCACAGAAGCCGCCGCCAUUGGUCAUAUCGCAUGCGCCUUUGCAGCCGCUAGGACCGCGUCCAGAUACGCCCAGCUCCUCGCCAUUUGGUGCCACUCCCGCUCACGGCCCGCAGUGGCCAGCAGCAGCCGCAGGUGCCGGUGGAGCAACUGCUCAGCAUAAUAUUGGUAGCAGCAGCACAACUGCUGCAACUGCGCAGCAUGGACGUCCACAGCUCGGUCCCUCAACAGCGGCCAACUUGCCGCCUGGCUUUGCGCCCUAUCGUCCACAGAAGCCACAGCCCAGUGGCUUUGACUUGAGCUACUCUGGCGGCGGCGCAGGCCAUGGCGCUGGCGCUGGCAUGCGGCCAGGCUCAGGACUGGCGCCGCUAACAAGCAGCACCAGCACAACAACAACAACAACACAGCGGCCCAAGAUGAAUAUGCCAGGUCAGCCUCAGCCAAUGCCAGGUGGCAUUGAUUUGCGCUUUGGCGGCAGCACAUCCACGAGCACUGUUAAGCCACCACAGCAUGGAAAGGAGCAGUUCCCCUCGUUGCCUGGGCCACGUUCACCUUCAAUAAAGGAAGAUUAUCCAGCAUUGCCUACACCUAGGACGCCAGGCUCAACACCCAGCACACCCAACUCGCCGUCAGCUUGGCAGUCGCCGCUGCCUACACCAGUGGUGCAUCCAGCUGUUCCAGCAGUCAAGCCAACGAUGCCAACUGCAACUACGCCCAAGUCCGGUUCCGGUGUGUCCUUUGUGCCACAUACGGAAAGCUCGACAACGGUGCGACCAGGCUUCACAUCCACAGGCAACUCGGUAGCUACCGAUGAUGAAAUCCGUCAGUUGACUGAGCAGCUCUACACCAAGGAGUCCAACAAUCAAAUUAGUCAGAUUACCGUCAAUCUGCAGGGACGCACACGUUCCAUUGAUAGCGGCGAUGAGGCUCCACAGCCACUGCUGACUGUAAGUAGCAAAGCUUUGGAGGCGCCAACCAUUGCCAAGAUGCGCGUGUUGUUCAACAACUAUGAGCAGGAUACGCUGGUCAAUGAACAUGUGACAGCGAACGAGCGCAAGGAGGAGAAUGAAUUCGUUGAUGCAGUCAUGGCCACCAGCGUUAUGCGCCAGGCUAUGCUCUUCCUUCAGCAGAAGGGUAUCGUUACGGCCGAUCCCAAGACGCAUCGCGAUUUGGUCAAGGAAUUAUGGUUCACGCAGUACUCGCGCGGCCAGGGAAAGAUUGGUAGCUCCGGCUUUGAGCAUGUCUUUGUGCAUGAGGUGAAGAACGGCACCAUCAUUGGCUUCCAUAACUGGGUGUACAUGGCCGAGGAGGAGCAAGCCGGACGCCUUGACUACAAGGGCUACAUGAAGGAGCAGGAUAUUGGCACGAAAGCUAAAGUGGUGAAGCUACGCUUCACGCACCAGGGCCUAAAUAAGCCAGUGAAUUCCGUGUUUGUGGGAACUUCACCCGAGCUGGAGCUUGCAUUGUACACAGUCUGCUUCCAGCUGCGCCCGGAUCGCACCUGUCCUGUCUCCUUGGGCAACAGCAAGUUUGGCAUUAUCACCUACUCGUGGCGCUACAGAGGCAAGAGUCUCAUUGGCAGUGCCUUUCCUGAGAUUUAAACUUAAACUUCCAUUCUAUCCAUGCACUAAACUAAAGUGAGUUUAAGUUUUUCGCUCUUGUUUAAACGAAAUAAAUAUUAUAUUGAAAAAACAAA